AUGUCUAGAGAAAGAUCACUUUCAAGGUCUAGGUCGAUUACUAGAACCAGAUCUUCUACUUCUUCUGUUUCGUUGUCCAGAUAUAGAAGGCAAUCGGUAGAUUCUAAUAUUUCUGUAGAAAAUAAUGAAAUUUUUUCGGGUGCAGGGCUGGAAAUUUUACCUUCAUCUAUAACUUCAUUUCAUUACCCUCACAGUUUAGGUAGACGUCAAAGUACUCAUAGACAUAGCACCAGUCAAGGUCCAGUUUCGAGUGUUGUAAACAAUGGUUAUGGGACUCAUAGUUUAACUGGCCAACCUACAGAAGGGUACUCGAGAGAAAACUCUCCCUUGUUAGAUGGUGAAAGUGUAAAAUCACAUUCGAGUGUAGGGUCCAAUGAAGAAACACAUUUCCGUUUUUUCAAUUUGGAAGAAAUCCAACAAGCCCCUGGAGGUUCUACUUAUGGUGAUAGAGAUGUAGAUUAUGAUACCGAUUGGGAGUAUCCCAAGUAUACUAAUGAAAUCAAUGAUGAAGCUGUUGAAUGGGAGGAAGAAAGAGAAGAUGAAAGGGAAUUAGAAGAGCAAAUUAAUAAUUAUGAAACUGAAAGAAGACGAAGAGAUAGUGAAAGCUCACUUCUGUCACCAAUAGUUGAAGAUUAUGUUGUCGAUGAUAACUUCGAUUGUGUUACUCACAAUCAAAGGUACUAUUUGGCUGAAGAGGAUUUAGUUAUUGGUAUUGCUGGAUAUAGAGAUAAUUUACUCAAGAAGAUGGGAUAUUAUCUUAUUUGUAUAUUCACUUUGGGUAUCGGAUACCUUAUUCUUCGAUGGAUGCCCAGGUAUCGUAUAAAUCUCAUUGGUACUCCUUGUCCUUUAGGAAUUGCUGAUUGGUGUGUUAUCGAAAAUGAGUAUGGGGAAUUGACUAUUGCUCCGGUUUCGAAGACAAGAUAUAACGAAAGACUUUCUAACUUCUUCAACUUGACUGAAAACGAAGAGAAAGAUCCCGUGGUACCAACUUUAUGUAGUUUCAAAUAUCGUUAUUUGAAAUUCUUUUAUCAUCCUUUAGAAGACAUUUUCAAAACCAACGGUACUUGGUACGAUAGUCUUUGGUUACAUACUGCCAAAAUGCAAGGUUUAUCACAAAACACUUAUGAAGAACGUCAAGUUAUCUUCGAAACUAAUGCCAUUGAAAUUGAAGAAAAAUCUAUUGGCUCCUUAUUGGUUGAAGAGGUAUUACAUCCGUUCUAUAUCUUCCAAAUAUUUUCCAUUGGUUUAUGGUUAAUGGAUGACUAUUAUUAUUAUGCCAGUUGUAUCUUCAUUAUUUCAUUAGUUUCAAUUGUUAACACCUUGAUUGAGACCAAGUCAACCAUGAAGAAAUUAUCUUCAGUAUCGAAAUUCAGUUGUGAGAUCAGAGUUUGGAGAAAUGAAUUCUGGAAAACCAUCAGCUCCGAUGAUCUUGUUCCUGGGGAUAUUUUUGAAAUCGACCCUUCAUUGAACGCUAUGCCUUGUGAUGCUUUAUUGAUUAAUGGUGAAACCAUUGUUAAUGAAUCUAUGCUUACCGGAGAAUCAGUGCCAAUCCUGAAAGUCGCUGUAAGUGAUGAUCAAUUGUUCAAUAUCAAGGACAACCUCCAUGUUGGGUUAUCUCGUUCUUUCUUAUAUAAUGGUACCAGGAUAAUGAAACAAAAGUCAACUAAUGAUGAACCAGUUAAAGCUUUAGUUGUCAAGACCGGAUUUAGCACCACUAAAGGUUCAUUGAUCAGAUCCAUGUUAUUCCCAAAACCUAUAGGAUUCAAGUUUUAUGAAGAUUCUUUCAGAUACAUUGGUUUCAUGACAGGAAUUGCCUUUUUAGGGUUCCUUUACUCAACUUACAAUUUCAUCAAAUUGGGUUUACCAAAAUCAAUAAUGAUUCUUAGAGGUUUGGAUAUCAUCACAAUUGUAGUACCACCAGCUUUACCUGCAACAUUAACUAUUGGUACAACAUUUGCCAUUAAUAGAUUGAAAAAACUGCAAAUAUUCUGUAUUUCUCCCACCAGAGUUAAUAUUGGUGGUAAACUUGAUGUUAUCUGUUUCGAUAAGACUGGUACUUUAACUGAAGAUGGGUUAGAUGUUUUAGGUGUUCAUGUGGUGAAUAAUGCACCUGGUAGAAAGGUCAUGAGGUUUGAAGAUUUAAGUAGAUCCAUUAGUGAUAUUAAAAUAGGAGGGUUUAAAGAUCAUGAAACCAAUAAUGGACCUAAAUUAAUACAAUUAAUGUCAACUUGCCAUUCCUUAAGAUUAAUUGAUGAAGAGAUUUUAGGUGAUCCUUUGGAUUUGAAGAUGUUUCAAUUCACUGAUAGUCAAUUGAUUGAAGGUGUAAACCCAUUGAUCGUUAACAAUAUCGGUAAAUGUAAAAUUCUUAAAGAAUUCGAAUUUGAUUCAAAUUUACGUAGAAUGAGUGUUUUAGUUACUGACAAGCAACACAAAUAUAUCUUCUGUAAAGGAGCUCCUGAAGUUAUGUUGGAUAUUUGUGAACCUGAAUCUAUUCCACCAGAUUUCCAUGAAUUAUUAUACCAUUAUACCAACAAUGGAUAUAGAGUAAUUGCAUGUGCUUCUAAGGAAAUUCCAACAUUCGACAGUUCAAGAGAAGAAUAUGAAAGUCAAUUGGAAUUCAAUGGAUUUAUUAUUUUUGAAAAUAAGUUGAAAUCUCAAACAACUCCAACCAUACAUAAAUUGAAAAGUGCCAACAUUAGAACUGUGAUGUGUACUGGAGACAAUAUCUUAACAGCCAUCAGUGUAGGAAAAGAAUGUGGAAUUGUUGAUAGUGAGGAAACUAUUUAUAUUCCAAGGUUCAAUGAUAAUGAAAGUAUUGAAGAAUUGGUUUGGGAGGAUAUCACCAACCCAAACAAUGUCCUUGAUUCACGUACUUUAUUACCACUUGAUUUCAAAGUCACCAAGUUCAAGUUAGCUAUAACAGGAGAAUUUUUCAAAAUCAUGUUGACCAAAUUCAAGGAUUUCCAGUUCUUUGAAAAGUUCCUUAUAAAUUGUGAUAUCUUUGCCAGAAUGUCACCUGAUGAAAAGCAUGAAUUGGUCAAUCAAUUGCAAAAAUUGGAUUAUACUGUGGGAUUCAUCGGAGAUGGUGCCAAUGAUUGUGGAGCAUUGAAAGCUGCUAACGUCGGAGUUUCAUUGAGUGAAGCCGAGGCUUCUAUUGCUGCUCCUUUCACCUCAAGAAUCUUCGAAAUCUCUUGUUUAUUGGAUGUUAUCAAAGAAGGAAGAUCUAGUUUGGUUACCAGUUUUUCAAGUUUCAAAUUUAUGUCAUUAUAUUCAGCUAUCCAGUUCAUUACUGUCACCAUCUUAUAUAAAAGAGGAAUCAACUUAGGAGAUUUCCAAUUCUUGUAUAUUGAUUUGGUGCUUAUUUUACCUUUAGCUAUCUUCAUGUCAUGGUCUAAACCAAGUGAUUUCAUUAUUAAAAAACGUCCUACGGCAAAUUUGGUAAGUGUCAAGAUUUUAGGUAAUUUGAUUGGAGAUAUUGUUAUCUUAUUGAUCAAUCAAGUGAUUAUUUGGAAACUCAUUCAGACUGAAUCGUGGUACGUCCCUCCAGUUCCUGGUAAUGAUGAAGAGGUUCAAAGUUUCGAUAACACCAUAUUAUUCUUAUUCUCAAACUUCCAAUACAUCAUGAUAUCCAUACUAUUGAACGAAGGUAAACCUUAUAGAGAACCUAUGAUCAAGAAUAAAUGGUAUCUCGUUACUUUGACUGUCCUCAUAAUCAUUUCAAUGAUUUUAUUUGCAACUGAUGAAGAUUCCUUCAUUGGUAAAAUCUUUGAGUUACGUAACUUACCCACUAAAUACUAUUUCACCAUGGUCAUAUUAAGUGUGGUUAAUUAUAUGGCACUUUAUAUCUGUAAUGAGUUCAUCUUUGCCAAAUUAUAUAAGCUUAGAAGAAGAAGAGCAAGUAAAAAACAUUACAAGAAUUUGAUAAGACAAUUUGACAAUACCGUUUAA